AUGGCCGCGGCGGGCGGCGCCGGCAGCGGCCGCCACUGGAUCGAGGCGGAGGCGCCCGACUUCCGCGCCCGGAUGCGCCGCCAAUACCUGCCUGCCAAAUUGGCCUCAUUUUUUCAGCCCAAGCAUACUCCCGAUGCCCCUGCGGCCCAAAGAUUUAUUGCCAUAUUGGAGGAGGAUGCAUUCAGGGGGACAAACAACAAGGUAGAGUACCUGAAAAAAAUAUCUGACAAGGUGAUCACUAUGUUGAGAAAUAAAAGCGACGAGCUGCAACGUCGAGCGCAAUUACGUAGCCAAUUGAAACAGCCUAAUGAAGCACAGGCUUUACAUGGAGGCAAUUCUUCUGUAAUGCCAGAGGCAGUGGUGUUGGCUAGUCCAGGGCCUACCUCUCAGUCUAUGACACCUCAAACUCCAGGUCUAGUGCCAAACCAGCACAUCCUUCACCCUUACACGUCAAACAUGCAUAUUCAGGUUGAGCAAAAGUACCCUGUUCUGGAUCACCGUCCAAACUUUCAACCGAUGGGAAUCACUACAGCAGGGUCGGGUGUCCAGUCCCGUCCAUGGCCGAGGCAGCCAGGAACCAGUCAAAGUCAGAGCCAAUACAUGGCCAGGCAACUGCAGCCUACGAAUUUUGUAAGCUGCACCCCAACAAGUGUGUCAAAGCCCUUUAUUCGGCCAAAUUCUCAGCAAAAUCACCUACUUGGCCAAAAUGAUAGUGCCAUUGGAGUGCGACAGCCGCAGAUGACAAGGUUGGAUGAAAUUUUGAGAGCCAACCAACAAGAGAUGGGCACACAAAGUUACCAAAUGCUUGGAGCACAACAAGCUGAGGUCUCCAAGAUGCAGCCUGGUCAGCUUAGAAGACAGAAUAAUCAGCAAGAUGCUAGGCAAACAGGUCUAUUAUAUUCGCCAUUCAAGGCAUGUGAACCUGAGCCCAUGACUCCACCUGUACAACAGAUUCCCGGUCCUCAGCAAAGCUCUUUGCUUUGUCAGAACUCUCAGAUUCCAGCUACAAUGGGGAGUGCUAGAGAAUAUGAUCUCAAGGAGGAAAUAUUUUGUAAGAUCAAGUCUUGGAAAGAUGCUUAUUUUCCUCAAUUUUUGGAACUGGAUCGUAGAAUUGUUCUUCCAGAGCUAACAGAGGAACAAUUCUCAUCACUACCUGAAGCAAAAGCUAAUCAAUACAAACGCAAAGCAGAUUUCAAGAAAUCAAUCAGAAGGAUACUGAAUUUAAUGUUGUUGCAGAAGAGUGAUGUGCACGAGGGUUUGAAGGUGGACCUCCCCAAGUACGAAAAGCACAUACACCAUUUCCUGGUUCUUCUCGAGAAGAAUAAAACUUGCCAUGCAGAGAUGAAUACAGGAAAUCAGUUGCAGAAUUGUGAUGAGCAGCCAAAAUCCAUCAAUCUUACUAGCAAUGCAUCCUCAAUCAGUGGUGGUAAAAGCAGAGAGCAAAAGCAACCUGCAGAUGCAAGCAUUUUGCAGUCAGGGCAAACAAGUAUGGCUAGAGCACCACUACCUCAUCAACAGAGCAAUGUCAACCACUUGCUAGGAAUACCAAGUCCUUCUUUCUCUUCACCAGGGUCAUUGCAGUCUUGGUCCUCCAGUAUGCUUGAGUCCAUGAGCCCCUCACCAGUUGCAAAUCCAGCGGUAGCACCAGCGUCAUCCUGUGCCCCGGCGCCCAUGAUCUCAAUGGACGUUGACAGCAUAACUGCCUUCUUGAUGCAUGGGAAUGCAGCAGCAGCACCACCACCAAAAGCAAAUGGUUCUAACCAGGCCACUCCUGCUGAACUGAUAACACCAGCCUCACCACUUCAAGCAGCUGGUCAUGGAGAGUUUCAAGUGCGAGGUGGAGACAGAACACCCGAGACUGAGAAGCCCAUCGACCGGCUAAUUGAUGCUAUAAGAUCUUCAUCACCGGAAGGGCUGCGCAAAUCUGUUAAUUCAAUUUGGUCUGUCCUCGGCAUCAGUGACAUUGUACCACCUGGGAAAAUCGGCACAGUGAUGGAUUGCAAAUCCUCCCUGCUGCAGCCGGGUGGAUCAAAUACUGUGAACAAAAUGAAGCGAGUUUUCAAUCCAGUAGUGUCACGAUCUGAAUCACUACUAAUGGGAAGCAUGGAUGGCAGUUACAUGUCAUUUGAGUGUGAGGCCUUGGACUCUGGAUUAAGCAGUGAGGUAAACAUCAAGAGGCAGAAAACACAGAAUGCUAAUAAGGCUCUGUUGGAAGAAAUCAAAUCUAUUAACAACAUGUUGAUCGACACAGUGGUCAGCAUAUCUGAUUACUGUGGUGUGGAUGGGAUCUCCCCCUGCAAUGGAGGGACAACAGUCAAACUGUCUUACAGCGCCGUGUCGCUUUCACCGACCACGAAAUCUCUCUUUGCGACAUCUGAAACGUCUCUUAUCUUGCCCGUGAAGCUAUUCGUCCCAGCAGAUUAUCCGAGCAGCUCUCCGGUGCUCAUCCAUGACGAAGGAGAUGGGGUGCCAAGGAAGAAUUCCAGUGCCAUCUCGGCCUCGGCGGAUGUGGCGUUCCGGCACGCCCUCGACGGUCUCCCGGAACCCCGGUCGAUUGAGGCGAUUGCCAGGGCGUGGGACGCCUGUGUGCGGAAGGCCGUGAUACAGUUUGCACGCCGGCAGGGAGGAGGGACGAUCAGCUCGAUGUUUGGUGGGUGGGAGAGAUGCGCUGCCGCAUGAGAGCUAGAUGUGUUGUUUGUUGGGUGGGACAUCUGUGACUUGCUUGUUGUGUAGGACAGAACAAACUGUAAGGUGAGGUGAGUCUGUAGAAAUGUAGAGGCUCUGGUUUCGACAUCUUGGGGCAGGGCAUGUUUGUUGAUGGUGAUCCCUGUAUAUGUAAUGUGUUGUUUUGUAAGAUGUAGAAUGGCAAACACAUGAAUGGCGGUUUACAUUCAUCUCUAGGAAUACAUGGCGGAGAAAUUUGUUCUGUAAUCGUCG